GACAACACACUUGUCAACCUGACUGGCCUCGAAGGACACUGCAUGCCUAUUGAUCUCAAUAUUGAACACCUCAUCAAGUUUUUGAAGGCAUGUAUACUUUUUUUUUCAGCAAAAGGAAUUUACUCCACAUGGGAUUGUCUUGGCAACAUAUCUGCAACUGUUUCCCUACUACAAAAUGUCAAAAAGCAAGUUGGAAAAGCACUUGGCAUCGCAUAUCAUGGCCUGAAUCACACAACUCCCAACACGACACCUUCUGUCUGGAGAGUCGCAAACAAAAUUAAUGAACUAGGUCUUCACACGUUCAACCAAGAUCGCAAGGAGAAUGAUUCUGUGAAGCCCAUUACAGAUGUACUUGCUGAAGGUGAACAGAAACUCAAAUCUUCGACACUUUCAACAUUCAAUAGGAAGGUGCGAGAAAUG